AUGAGUGUUGUUUUUCAAACUACCCCACCACAAGCACAAUUAGAGGUUCAUCCGCCAUCACUUGUACUCGUAUUUCCAAGAGAAGAUCCAACAACAGUCAAUACCCGUGUUGUUGAGAAUUAUCUUUUGGAGGAGUUUGAAAACACACAUACUACUUCUGCUGAAACUAGUUCAAAGAUCAUCGUUAGAUCCCUCGAUGAUGAAUUUUCCAAGAUUGAAUUAAUUCAACAAUCCUUUGAUGAUGAAGAAGAGAACCAUGUCAUCUCAUAUGAAGACAUUAACGACACUCAAUAUUACCACCAAAGCCGUGCGGUAAAGGCUUUUAAACCUAUCAUGGAACAGUACUUUGAGGCAGAGUACUUUCCAACUUUUGAUGAAAAGACUCAACAACCUGUUACUCUGAAAGAAAUUGUUAGAGACGUUUGUUCAGACAUUGAAGAAGGUCAACAACAUUUGAUUGACUUGUCUCAUGUCGUCAGACAAGUUGAGAGAUGGAGAAAGGCUUUCCCUCGUGUGAAUCCAUACUAUGCUGUGAAGUGCAACCCACAAACCGGUAUUAUUAAGAUCAUGUACAUGAUGGGUUGUGGAUUUGACUGUGCCAGCUUGAGCGAGAUUCAACAAGUUUCUCAAGCAUGCAGAGAGGUUGAUGAAUGGCUACAAGCUCAUCCAGAGCAUUAUGAAACUUUGGCCUACAUCAACAAGGUUGACUCAAUUUUGGUCAAGUCAAAGAAAUUCUCUCCAUCCACUGACAUUAUCUUUGCCAACCCUUGCAAACAACUCUCUCAUGUGAGACAUGCAAGAGAUAGUGGAGUCGAAUGGACCACUAUUGACUCUGUCAUUGAGAUUGAAAAAUUGAGCAAGAAUUGGAAGCAUGCUAAAGGAGUGAUCAGAAUCAAGACAGCUGACUCCAACUCUGCCUUUGCUUUUUCUGGCAAGUUUGGUGUGUCUGUCAACAAGGCAAGAGAGCUCUUUGUUGCUGCCAAGGAACACAAUGUCGAGUUGUGUGGCGUCUCCUUCCAUGUUGGUUCUGGCUGUCGUGACGUUCAAGCAUACGUCCAAGCUGUUAAGGACGCAAGAAUUAUCUUUGACAUGGCUGAACAAUUUGGAUUCCAGUUCAAUUUGUUGGAUAUUGGUGGAGGAUUCUUGGGAGGUAUAAAUGAAAAGCCAUCAGUUGAGGAUGUAGCUUCCAAUGUUGCACAUCUUAUCGACGAGUUAUUCCCACCUCAUGUCCAAGUAAUAUCUGAGCCUGGUAGAUACAUUGCUACUGCAACAUCCACAUUGGUUUGUAGCAUCUUCACAAAGAAGGAUCUUCGUGAAGAGAAUGAGUUGUAUUAUCAACAACUUGCUGAACAAAUUGGUGAUGAGAAUGUAGUAAGAGACAAGGACGACUUUAUUUAUUAUGUGAAUGACGGCAUUUAUGGCUCUUUCAACAAUAUUUACUUUGAUGCCUACAAGCCAACGUUCAACACUACCAAGACUCCUGAGGAAAUGGGAACAAAGAGAUUCAAAUCCACCGUAUUUGGCCCAACUUGCGACUGUUUAGAUGUAAUUGCCAAGAAUUAUGAGUUGCCUGAGAUGAACACUGGAGAUUAUUUCUACUUUCCAAAUUUCGGUGCUUAUACUACAUCUGCAAGCUCUAGCUUUAACGGUUUCAAAGCAAGCAACUUUUAUUACAUUUAUAGAAAUUAG